AUGGCUGAAAUGGAGAAUCCACUGGGCGAGUUGAGUUCCAGUGGAGGGCAAUUUAAGAAGAUACAGGACGAAGAUCUUCUACAGAGAUUGAAGCCCGCGGAGACCGAUCAAAACAAAAUUUGGCAGAAUGCAGCGGAUGGGAACUGGGAAUACCCAGGAACCGAACAGGAACUGACGGGAGGAGCAAAAGCAAUAAUUUCAAUCAUCGUCAUCUUAGUUCUGAUAGGAGGGCCACUUCUUUAUAUGUGCAAGAAGAAGCUCCCUUCCUUCAUGCUCUCGCAGAGGCAAAACCCUUCUCCAGCAGUUCAAGAAGUACAAAUUACACAAAUCGAGUCAACUCUGGCCCGACCUACUGAAUAA